AUGGCGACCACGAUACCCGAGGCUUCGCUGUUAGGCCUGCCAACUGAACUAAGGCUCAGGAUAUACGAUUAUGUACUGCAGGCAGACAUUAACUGUCCCAUCGUCGUUGACAUUGUCCAUUCCAGCGAUUCCAAUGGGACACAAGCUGCUCUCAUCCCGAAUGCAGAGGCCGCCUUUUCUUCGAAGAUACCAUGGCUUAACUUACGGACGACUUGCCGCCGCAUUUCCCACGAGCUGCAGUCUUAUGUCCAAGACUCGUCGUGUCAGAAGAACGACUUCAAUCGCACGUACGUCUUGGAUCUCGAAGUCAGCAGGCACUACGACAGAGGACCGGCGACUCGUACAGUCACCUGGCGAAGCAUCCCCUGCGCUCCAGCCCAAGCGAGAUACAUCAUCAUGAAUGUCAUCACCCGCUCCGGCCCCGGACCCUGGACCGACGGCGGUUCUGCAUCGCUCGCACGAGCAGUGUAUCAGGUACUCAACCAUGCAGUGCACAUGGGCCCACGUAUCUUCCGGAAAUCUCUACUCCCCCACCACAUGAAGCUACAAGACUUGAUAAUCAACAUCGACAUCGGCGUAUACUGCAGUGCGCCCAUCCGAGGCUGCAACACCAAUCCAGAGAUCAAUGGGUCAUUGUUCCAGAGCGGCUGGAUGCAGAUCUCGCGGACUGGGUUCUGGUCUGGCUACUUGGAGAGAACCAGACUUAAAACCAAUGGAGAGGAAGAGGUUGUCAUUCCUACAGAGUGGCAGAUGUCGCCUGCUCUGCCUGGGUAUUGGAGAGGUCUGGGGUUUCAAUGGGGCAUUACGGGGUUGCAGUGUGCUAACUACUUUACACUGUGA